GUUAGCGAUACAAGCCGCGUGUUCGAUCAGCUGUGUUCGCUCGCAUAUUUCCGUGUUCCACCUGACGAAGUUGGCGAGCUCCGAGAUAUCACGAUGACGAGCAGCGUGAAUGCAAAGCAGAUACGGCAAGCUUACAUCGACUUCUUCAAAGGCAAGGGUCAUGAAUAUGUGCACUCAAGCUCGACGAUACCCCACGACGACCCGACUUUGCUUUUCACCAACGCCGGAAUGAAUCAGUUCAAGCCAAUAUUCUUAGGAACAGUUGAUCCCAAUAGUGAUAUGGCAAAGUGGAUACGGGUAGUAAAUAGUCAGAAGUGCAUUCGAGCUGGAGGCAAACACAAUGAUCUGGACGACGUUGGCAAAGAUGUUUAUCAUCAUACAUUCUUUGAGAUGAUGGGAAAUUGGUCCUUUGGCGAUUAUUUUAAAAAAGAGAUAUGUGCUUGGGCUUGGGAAUUUUUGACUGAGGUAUUAAAACUAUCAGCUGAUAGAUUGUACGUGACAUACUUCGGCGGUGAUGAAAAGAAUGGAUUAGCUCCUGAUGAUGAAUGCAAGAAUCUAUGGCUUUCUCUUGGAAUACCUGCCUCGCAUGUCCUACCAGGAAGUAUGAAGGAUAACUUUUGGGAAAUGGGCGAGACUGGACCUUGUGGACCAUGUAGCGAAUUGCAUUAUGAUCGUAUCGGUGAUAGAGAAGCAGCUCAUCUUGUAAACAUGGAUGAUCCCGAUGUAUUAGAAAUCUGGAAUUUGGUGUUUAUUCAAUACAAUAGGGAAUCAGACGGCAGUCUUAAAUCAUUACCAAAAAAACAUAUAGACUGCGGCUUGGGUUUAGAGCGAUUGGUAUCAGUAAUUCAGAACAAACGCGCUAAUUAUGAUACUGAUCUGUUCGUGCCUUUGUUUGCCGCGAUUGAGAAAGGUACAGGUGCCCCACCCUAUCAAGGUAGAAUAGGUGCCGACGAUAUUAAUGGAAUCGAUAUGGCGUACAGAGUUCUAGCUGAUCAUGCUCGAACUAUCACAAUUGCUUUGGCAGAUGGAGGAAUGCCUGAUAACACUGGUCGAGGAUAUGUGCUAAGGAGAAUUUUACGGCGCGCUGUGCGCUACGCAACCGAGAAAUUAAAUGCUAAACCGGGAUUCUUUGCAUCUCUUGUAAAUGUAGUAGUAGAUCUUCUUGGUGAAGUCUUUCCAGAAGUAAAAAAAGACCCGCAAGGUAUUAUUGAGAUCAUCAAUGAAGAAGAGGCUCAGUUUUUGAAAACUUUAUCACGGGGUCGCAAUCUGUUGAAUAGGACAAUAGCAAAACUGGAAUCAACUGACAUUGUACCAGGUGACGUCGCAUGGCGUUUAUAUGAUACUUAUGGUUUCCCGGUAGAUCUCACUCAACUAAUGACUGAGGAGAAAGGAUUAAAGAUCGACAUGGCAGGCUACGAAGAAUCUAAGAAACAAGCGCAGUUAAUUUCUCAAAACAAAGCCGGUGGUGUAAAUGAUCAAAUUAAUUUGGAUAUUCACGCCAUCACUGAAUUACAAAAGCAAGGCGUCAAACCUACAGACGAUUCUCCUAAAUAUAAUUACAAAGUAACAAACUCUGUUAAAUAUGAGGAAUACGAAUUCGCACCGUGUAUUGGUACUGUAAUCGCACUAAGACGCGCCAAGACUUUCGUCGACAAAGUAUCUUCCGGCGAGGAAGUUGGAAUUCUAUUGGACAGGACAAAUUUUUACGCGGAGCAAGGAGGACAGAUAUUCGAUGAAGGAUUUUUAGUGAAAGUUGAUGAUGAGACUACAGAGAUUCGCGUGAAGAACGUUCAAAUCAGAGCCGGUUAUGUAUUGCACAUUGGUACUGUCGGCGAAGGCACGUUAAAGAAAGGAGAUAAAGUCCACGCGAACGUGGACACGGAACGUCGACGGUUCGUAAUGGCUAAUCAUAGUGCCACACAUGCCUUGAAUCACGCGCUUAGGAAGGUCUUGGGAACGGAAGCCGAUCAGAAGGGAUCAUUGGUUGCACCUGAGAGGCUUCGUUUUGAUUUUACGAAUAAAGGGCCGAUGACAGGAGAGCAAUUAAAAAAUACGGAAACAAUUACCAAUGGCAUGAUUAAGGAAAAUAAGAAAAUUUAUGCUAAGGAAAGCAGUUUAGCUGUAGCGAAAACUAUUCAGGGUUUGCGUGCGAUGUUCGAAGAAACGUAUCCGGAUCCGGUACGUGUUGUUAGUAUGGGCGUACCGGUUGAGAAUCUAGAAAAGGAUCCCUUGAGUAAAGCCGCUCUUGAGACUAGCGUAGAAUUUUGCGGGGGAACGCAUUUGCAUUAUACAGGUCACAUAGGUGAUUUUGUAAUAGCUAGCGAAGACGCUAUCGCUAAAGGUAUCAGGCGCAUAGUAGCACUCACUGGACCAGAAGCAACGAAAGCUAUAAGAACGGCGACAAUUCUGCAAAAGCAAUUAUCACAACUUCAAGCAACAAUUGAAGCUGAUAAGUCUGGGAUGAACUCUAAGGAAUAUGUAAAGAAAAUAGUAGAACUGACAGAGGAGAUAUCGCAUGCUCUCAUUCCCGCAUGGCAGAAGGACAACAUGCGUAACAUGUUGAGAGAAUUAAAGAAAUCUCUCGAUGAUAAAGAACGAGCAGCGAAAGCUGCCGUCGCCAAUACGGUUGUAAAAACUGCUCAGUCUAUAAUAGAAUCCAAAAUCGGAUGCGAAGUAUUGGUUCUGAUGCUAGAGGCCUACAGUAAUACGAAAGCUCUGGAUUCGGCAUUGAAGAAAAUCAGAGCUAUAUCUCCAGAAACUAGUGCCUUGCUUCUAAGCGUUGAUCGCGAUGUCAAGAAGAUAUUUGCCCUCAGUUCUGUUCCCAAAUCUGCAGUGUCCAAAGGAUUGAAGGCGAAUGAAUGGAUCCAGGCAAUUGCAGGUUUGAUGCAAGGCAAAGGAGGUGGAAAACCUGAAUCUGCACAAGCUUCCGGUACCGAUAUAACACGUGUGAACGAAAUACUGAGCAAAGCUAAUGAAUUUGCCAAUCAAAAGCUUGGGAUUUCAUACAAUAACACUGUUAACAAUGCUUGUAAGACUUCAGAAACUGAUAUUCGAUUAUUUAACACGGGAUCUCAAUCGAAACUGGUACUUUAUGGGAACAUUGGAAGCACUAAAUGCUACUUGGCACAAAUAAUUGCACAGUAUAGUGGCAAAUGCUUAACUGUUAAGCAAAUUGAAAAUGAUAAAUUAUGUUCUAGUGGCAUAAUAUUAGAAACAGCAGAUGUCACAUUAUAUGGAAGUGAUGCUAUUGCAUUCUUUUUGUCUAAUUCGCAGUUACGGCGUGAUGAUGAUUUGUUUGCAUCCAGUCAAGUUCUGCAAUGGAUGUAUUAUGCGCGAAAUCACAUUUUACCAGCGGUCAGUGGUUGGGUGCUUCCGUCGUUUAGUAAUUCGGUAUCAAAAGAUACGAAAGCAAAUAUAAAAAUUUCUAAGGAAGAACUUCUUUGCGCUCUAAAACAGAUGAAUAACGUACUGUGUACAAAGACGUAUUUGGUUGGGGAAAGGAUCACUCUUGCAGAUAUAUCUGUUUUUACCGCAUUACUGCCUCUGUAUGAACACGUGUUUGAUUCACAUUAUAGAAAACUAUAUUCAAAUCUAAAUAGAUGGUUCUCGACAAUCCUAAAUCAGCCGCAAGUAAAAUGUAUAGUAAAAAAUUUUACAUUUUUGUGAGGAAAGUAUGCGCUAUUAUAAUGAUCUAUAAUGGCGUCUAUAAAGACUCUCGUUUUAUAAACGUUUUUAUUAUAUAAAAAUGCUGUAUUACAUAAAUAAUUCGCUGUUUUCUUCUGAUGUAUUAGCUUUAAGAUUAUCAUACAAUGUUCUAAUCUCAUUUAAUAAAGUGGAAAUAUUAGUUCCUAUCUUGGCAGAGAUAGGAAUUAUUGGUAAAUU